AGAGAGGUAGGGACGUCUUAUUUGGCAUAUUUCAUAGCAGAUCUGUACCUACCUGUAUUUUACCUUGCAAAAAUCAAACUUUCUUAAAUUUCUGCAAUGGCUUUUAGAGCUUUUACACAAACACAUAUCUAUGAAAAGCAAUCAGCCCCUAAAGAAAAGGACAAAUCUAGCAUCCAGUGCCUUGAGUGCUAUGACCGAAAUGUGUAUAUAGGGACCAAAGAUGCAACAGUCCAGCAUCUAAUUCUUCCUAGUAGCACAAAUGCAGACCUGAGUCCAGGCCAGAGCAAAAUAAGAGAGGGCAAGGCGAGAAAACUAGGCUCAAGCAACCAAGUAACCCAACUGAGAGUAGUCCCACUUUUCAACCAUCUGCUGGUCCUGUGGGACCGGAGCGUUACUGCCCUCAACAUGUUCUCCUUAGAGCCCGUUCAUGCUCUGAAAAAGAUCCAGCACGUGUCUUUAUUCGAGGUGUGCGACUCAUCGCUCUCAGCCCAGGCAGCAUGUGUGGAGAUGGUGACUUCAUCCAGCCGCAGGAAGGUGAUCCGGAUCCACGUGGUGGGAGUGGACAGGUGGGAGGUUGUAAAAGAAGUCCCUCUGCUCCAGGACCCUGUGGCCUUGGCGGUAGAUGGUGCCAGCGUGUGUGUGGCGACCAGCAACAGGUAUCUGCUCUGUGAUACUGAGACUGGGAGCAGCGAGGAGCUUUUUCCUCACGAUCACAGCAGGCAGCGCAUCAUUGUUACCUCAGUGGGACGGGGGGAAUUCCUCCUGAACGGGCCUGGAUCUCUGGGCAUGUUUGUGAUGAAGACAGGGAUAUGCCAGCGCCCUCCCCUGCAGUGGCCUCAGGAGGUGCUGGCAGUCGGAGUAUGUUUCCCUUACAUCCUAACCCUGCAGCCCCAAGUGCUGACUGUCUACAGCAUGGUAGAUCAGCAGCGCAAACAGACUGUGAGUCUCAGCGGAGCGAAGGGUCUCCUCUCCACAUCAGAUGGUGUGUUAGCGUUCACAGAGAGAGACAUUUUCAGCCUGCGUCUGGUGCCAGUCGAAGAGCAGAUCCAGGCACUUGUACAGGAUGAGAGGGUUGAGGAGGCAUUGUCGCUGCUGGAUGGAGUUCAAAGCCAUCGUCCACUUGACUCAUUCAAGGAGCUGCAGAAGGCCAUCUCUUGCCUGGCUGGAUUUGUUCAUUUUUACCAGGAGGGUUUUUCCGAGGCCAGAGAUCUCUUCAUCACAGGUGAGCUGGACCCCAGAGAAAUCAUCCGCCUCUACCCAGACAUGCAGUGGUGUCUCAGCGAGGACUUUCAAUCCCAGCUUGAUCAAGUGAACAAGGGCAGGGAUCUCCGGGUGCUCCGCCACGAGGACAGGAACACAUUUCAUCAUUACCUGGUCUUUCUGGGAGAUUUUCUCAGAGCAGUCAGAGGGACGGAGCAAGGCCUGAAGUGUGUUCAGGAGGUGGACUGCGCCCUCCUGAGGCUGUACGUAGAACUGGGAGAUGCUGAAAAUCUGCAGCAGCUUGUAGCAUUCCCCAAUGAGUGCAGGCUGAAGCACUGUGUUCCUGUUUUGGAGCAACACAACAGAUUUUUUGCAUUAGGUUCCCUCUAUCAAAGCCAUGGAAGUCAAAUUGAUGCCAUUAAGACUUGGGUGAAAAUCGCAGAUGGCCUCCACAAAGACCCCUCUUGCUCAGAUGUAUAUGGACACAUAGUGCGGACUCUCAGUCAGCUGCAAGACAGAGAUGCUGUGUGGAAAUUUGCAGAUUGGACUCUUCAAAGCAAUCAAGAGAUAGGGGUGCAGAUUUUCAACAAGCGUCACCCACAUGAUCAAUUUGAGACACAAGACGUCCUCGCUCUCCUGGAGAAGUACCCACUGGCGCUGCUUUUGUAUCUUGAGUUCUUAAUCCAUGACUUGAAGAGUGAGGAGGAGAGACAUCACAACCGUCUGGCCCUGGCAUAUGUUACUCAGAUGCUGCAAGAGGAAGAGGAAGCAGAUUUGAGGGAGACCAGAGGGAAGUUGCAGCAGCUGCUAUGGGAAUCCAAGUUCUACGACAUCUCCGCUGUGUAUGAGAGUGUCAAGUCAGCAACCCUGCAUGCAGAGAAAGCGAUUCUCCUGGGGAGGAGCGGUCAGCACUCUCAGGCACUGCAGGUGCUUGUUCACGAGAAGGGAGACCUCCAGGCUGCAGAGGCCUACUGCUGCAGGGCUGCCCAGGGCCGGGACUCCCAGUUCAGGCAGACCCUGCUGUUCACCCUGCUUCAGAUCUACCUGAGCUCGGAGGAUCUCACCAGCGCUGCUGUGGAUCUGCUCAACAACAACCCUGGAGUCUUUGCAGCAGAGAGGAUCAUCCAGCUGCUGCCCGAUUCGUGGUCUGUUCAACUGGUCUCUCAGUUCUUAAUUGGAUCCCUCAGAGAGACCUUCCACCAGAGGCGGAUGGCGAGGCUGCAAAAGGCUUUGGGCCAGGUGGAGCUCAUGCGGCACAAGGUCAUGUGGAUGCAGGCCUCAAAAACAAUGUUCAGACUGGACAAGGGGCGGAAGUGUAAGGUUUGUCAGGGAGACCUCACCGAGCCACAGUUUGCCUGUAACCUCCAUGGCGAGCCGGUGCACACCAGCUGCACUGGCCUUUCAUCAUCAUGAAGACGCCGAUGUAGCAAUCUAUUGUUUGCUUAUGCAAAUAUGUGCAUCUCUGCACUCUUAAGAUCACACUCAUCUCUAGCCGGAUAAGUGUCUGCGUCCUACCCAAUCAUUUUUCCAGAUUACACUGUGUCAUCUAGACAAACUCUGUACAAGGAUUCAAUUCAUGCAACUUAGACCAGAUACUUUGCCUAAUUAUAAAAAAGAAAAAUAUAUUGUGUAAAUAACUGGUUUCAAAAUGCAAAAGAGCAAGCAGUGCACUUUUUCUGGGCGGCACGUCUGAGCCAUUUCCUACAGACAUUGUAGACAGUAAUAGCUAUAAAGUGGAGGACACUCAGGGACAUAUAUUCACUGAUCAGACAGUAGUGUUUAACAUGGAAACCACCUGUGGUCAACCUGAUGACCAGAGGGAAUCUGACCAUCUUCCAUGGCUGUAUAUAUGCAUCCCCGCCAUCCUGGUUUCCACUGACUGUGUAUAUUUGUCUGCAUAGAGCUGGAAAUAGAAAGUCAACAACUGAGAGAGGCUGCACGUGAGAGACUUUUUUAUUCCGCUCGUGCAUUAAUAUACAUUUUUAAAAAAAAACACACAAUUACAGGUUUUAGAAAUGAAAAACAAACACAUCAAGGAAGUGCACAGUUUUGGGUCAUUUCUGUUGUAGGUCCAGUGUGUAAGAUUUAGGGGGAUUUAGUGGCGUCUAGCUGUGAGGACUGUAGCGUGCAACCACGUUUUUACAGAGAGCCGAAUCAUCUGCAGAGGUCUCUUCCUCUGCAAAACAAACAGACACAGUGAUUUAAACACAGAAUAAAGCACUUUCACAUUACAAAUCAGUAUUUCUCCUACGCUGUUCGGCACAUCGUAGAAAGCCAGUUUGCCCAGCACCUGAUGAUAGCUUAAUGUGUGCUCACCUUAUUUCAGAUCCAGACAUUCAGGAGGUUUUUACCAUGAGCCAAAUUGUCCGCAGAGGUCUCUCACCCUCCAAAACAAACUGACCCAGUGAUUUAAACCAGUGGAAAACACCACAGAAGAAGGUGGUUUAAAGUUACAAAUCAGUGCUUCGCCAACGCUGUUUGGCAUGUCAGACAUGUGCUACUAACCUAGCACCCACUAAUCUGUUCUCACUUUUUUUCUCUGCUAACUUAAGAUCUAGACAUUUGGGUUGUUUUUAGCAGAUGCUGAAUUAUCCACAGAGGUCUCUUCCUCUCCAAAACAAACACACCUGUUGAUUUAAAACAGUUAAAACAGUGAAUAAAACAGUUUCAUGUCACAAAUUAGUGCGUUUCAAAUGCUGUUUGGCAUCUCAGACAUGCGCUGCCUACGUAGCACCCGCUUAUCUGUGGUCACCUUUUUUCUCUGAUAGCUUAAGAUCCAGACGUUCAGGAGGUUUUUAGAGAAAGUUAAAUUAUCCGCAGAGGUCUUUUCCUCUCCAAAACAAAUGGAGGUGGUGAUUUAAACCAGUAAAAACACUGAUCAAAACAGUUUCACAUUAAAAAAAUCAGUGUUUUUCUCACACUGCAUUGUAGAGAGGCUGUUAACUACGGUGGCAGACGCAAGGCCACAAAUGGCCCUAUCUAGAGCCAGUGCUUGGUUUGUCCGUUCUGGGCUACUGUAGAAACAUGGCAGUGCAACAUGGUGAUCUCUGUAGCUGAGGAUUAGCUCCCACUGUCAAUGCUGCCCAGGGCAUAGGCAGUAUAGGCGAAUGCUAAGUGCAGCGUCAUCUGUAAAUGGGGGAAGAAAAGAAAAGUUUAUCUUUUACUAUUUUUCAUUAAUACUACUAUAAUUUUGAAAUAUGACAUAAGGCCACAACAACAUAAGUACAUAGCAAAGCCUACUAAACAAUAGAGAGGCCUUUUUUUUCUGGGUUCCUGCCAUCCCCCGCACCCCCUCCCGAGCACAUUACACUUUACCUGUUCUCUGAGGGAGCUGGGCGAGUUAGCCGAGAUCACAUGAACCCUGAAACACACUGUAUUGUUAUGUCAAAAUGGCAAAAGCUCUCUAGUGCCCACUCAACAACCACUAUACUACUGAGAGGAGUGUAUGUGGAGAGAAAGAACUUGAAUUCCGCAGAGCUUGUUUUCGUUACCUCGAAUGGCUCACAGAGGUUGCAUUGUUUUACAUUGUGAAGCAUUCACGCUCUAUUCAGUAAAAAAUACCAAGGUGAAGGUAAAUUAUAACGUUCUCAUGAUGUGUUCAAUGUAGUCUUGUAGCUCCAAAUGUCCUAGGGCCACCCCUGCCCUUUGUAGAUAUAAAUGGCUCAAUUAAAUUCAACACAAACACAAUGUUCCUUUUUUCAGGUGAUUACACACUAAAGGAAACAUACUUAUUAUAUAAUUUUCCAUUUCUGCCAGUCUAUCCUAAAUCCUACACACUGGACCUCUAAUUUUUAUAAGUGACCAAAUGACAUGUCUGUGCUGUAUAUGGAAAAUGAAAUCAGAAUCAGUUUUGACUGCCAUCAGCCCUAUAUCAUUAGGGAACAUGACAGACGUGUACUCCAAGUAAAGACACACACAACUCCAGAGUGACCCCAUGUACAGUAUGGAAAUCUUGUAUAAACUUCAACACAUAUCAUUAAGUCAGACGACAGUCAAGAUGUACUUGUCUAUUCCUGUCAUGAUUUAGUCAUUAGGGCUAACCAUAACUGAGUAUUUCUUUAUCCUGAUGCAUUUUUGGGACAGGAGUUAAGGAGACGCCUAAAGGAGCUGGAACAGUAACACUUGGCUGCACUGCUUGCAAGUUUUUUGGUGUAAGUUUUUGGCCUGGGGUGAGUGACUAAUUGCAGUGUGGAUAAAUAGUGAAUUAUGAGCAUGUUGGAAGGGAUUAUCUCUUUGUGAUGCCACUGCCAAGAUUUCUUCAGUUUUCCUCCACUAAUGAGGUUUUUGUGGAGCUUUUUCAUUGUUCUUACUGAGAGCUGGGUUCAUUUAAUGUUUCAUAGUGUGGGUAACUAAGAUUAAGCCUCACAAGCAUACAUGUGAUUUAAGAUUUGACCUGAAAUUUCUCACUUGCAGUGUAUAAAUUUAACCUCCAACAUGACUCAUAUCAAAGAAAACCACAUUCCUGGCUUUUUUGUUUCAUGUGGCGUCAGGAAAAGACGCCACAUCCACUCCUCCAUAUCGCCUCCUUGUAAUUUUGAUAAUCUUUAAUUUCAAUCUACUGUUCAGUCAUUGUGAGCACUCCUGGAUAAACAGCUGAGAGGUAUCAGUGUGGAGAAAAACACAAAGCAAAACUUCUUUCUCACUUGUUUGGAACGUGAAAGAGCCUCUGACAGUUUUUAUGGACUGACUAAGGGGGCUGCCACUCUGUGACUGGCUGAGCUUUGGGCCGUGUCUGAUGACCAGUGACCACUGGGUGGACCCGAGGGCCGGGAUUAUUUCCUCUCCUUCCCUCUCACGGACAUCCUCAGGGAGCAUUAAUGUUGUUUUGAACACUUGCGGUCAUGCUUUGCCUCAAAAACCUUUUUCUCAUCUUUGAUGUUGACCACAGCCUUAGGCAACCAAAAGGUAAAAAUAUACAGACACAAGUACAAGUGCACCUUCUUCCACCUAAAUUAAGACUCCAGAGAAACCUACUAGAUGCAUUUUAAUGACUCUUUAAUCUUUUCUCACCUUCCCCUCUUAUUGUACGAAGCCAAUCGCUCCUGUUGAUGAGACUGCAACGCUCUUGCAAUCUGGAGCUGAGUGCAUGAGUGGGCGGGGUCACUGCAGGGUACUCUGGGGUGCUGCAGGGUGCUCUGGGGUGCCGGCCAGAUGGACAUUUUACACAUGAGGGGGAAUGGAUUGGAUGCAAAAAGGAACAGUUAUGGAGGAAAGUAUGGUGGGGUAUUCAGACUCUGGUCUCCUAUUAUAAAUAUCCAUGCCGCCACAGAGGGAAAACAAGAACAUUUUCUUCUUGUGCUUGUCUAAAUUUAAGACAAAAUGUCGUCUGUCUGGACUGUAGGACGUAAUUGUUUACAUGUUAGCAUAGUUUUGUUUUUACACGGAGGAGGAGGGAAGCAACUGUGAGAUGCAGAGGACUUUUUUUGCCCAUAAGUUAUGAAUAAUAGAGCCCCGGAAACCACAAUCAUCUUAGUAGUUUAUUACUUUUACUAAUUUUGCUAAAACUACUUAUGAAUGUGAUUUUGAACUGAUGACCUGUUUCAGAAAACAAUGCAUACCUCUGUUUGGGCUCCUGCUGUUAAAUAUUAUCAAAAACACUGUAUUUUUCAUAUGCUCAAUACUUUAUAUGUGACUGGUGCUAAUAGUCUGAUCAAAUCCCAAAUAAAUCUAUUUGGAUUUAUGUUAUAAAAGUUUCAUAAAGGUUUGUUUAUAAGAGAUCCAAAAGGGAAUAAA